UGCAAGGGCCCUUUGUGACAUGGUCAGCGUGGGAUGGAAAGGGACAGGGUGUCAGAGGGCCCUUUGUGACACGUGGUGACAGAGGAGCUGGCCACAGCGACAGGUCCACGCCACAGUGCUCGGUGCACGCGACGGGACAGGACGCGCCAGAGCGGUGCUGUGAGGAGCCCCCGCACAGCGCACUCGUUUGUGUCUGACCCGGAGCUUCUCUGAGCCGUCAUUCUUGCAGGUGACCUCGAGGCCAGACCACAGGACUUGGUGACCUGUGGCCUUGCCGAGGCUUCUUUUCUUAAGGUGCCCUCGAGGGCAGACUGUGGGACCCGGUGAGCCGGUGCUUUUCCGAGGCAUCGCCCAUCCCUGCAGUCACUGCCCUUGAGACCAGGGCACAAUCCUUGACGAGGAGCCUCCUGUCCUUGUGGCAGGAGCCCUCAAGACCCGAGUGCAGGACUUGCUGUCCUGCAGUCUUGAGAGAACUUGAGUCUUGCAGGUGCCUUCCAGGCACGACUGCAGGACUUGCUGCCUCAGAGCUUUUCCGAGGCAUCUCUCUUGCGAGUACAAUAAAUCCAGGCACUGCCAUGGAGCAGCGACCCCCAAGAGUUCCCAAGCUGGCCUGGGUGGAGGAGGAGGAGAAGGAGGAAGAAGAAGGCCCUGGAGCUCUGCCGGCACAGGAGACGGAAGAGGUGCAGGAGUUCCAGCCACUGGAGGAGGAUUCAGCCAUGGACCAGACACAAGAGCAAGACCUUGCCGGUGGCCUCUUCCGCAGAACAGCACAGCUGGUUUGCAACUUCAUCAGGAGAAUUCGGGAGGAAGGGACCAGCGCCAUGGCCGCUGGGGUCAGACCAUAUUCAUACAUCUUCAACACCAAGGCCACCGCUGCCCUGCUGGAUAUGCUUGUAGAGGAGGGUUUUUACAGUCAGAAGCAAGUGCCUGCCAUGGUGAGGUACAUCCACCAGUGGCUCAUGGCCAAUCAGUUCUCUGAGCACAGGCUGAACAGGACCCUGCUGGAUCUGAGCGAGGCACAGCCCACUGACGUGGUCAUUGCUCUCCUGCGUGUGGCCCCAACGUGUGACAGAGCUGCAAUGACCAUGUGGAAGACCAUCAUGUGCUCGAGCAGGACUGUGGAGCCAGUAGUACAGAUACUCCUUGAUGUGCUGAGAACCUGGCCAGAGCACAGCACGUGCACCUCCGAUGGGGACAACACGGGUGUCUUUGCCCUGGCUGCAACAGUGGUGAUGUGGAAGUUCCUUCAGGUGCCCUGUGUCCCACGGGUAGUGAAGGCGUAUUUUCCUCGCGUCUUAGUCCAUCUGCUCUUCCAAGUGUUCUUCAGCACUUUGGAGAUGCCACAGGAGGUUGAUACCUUCUGGAAGGCAUGCCAGGAGCAACACGGCCUUGCCAUCAGCCCCAACAGGUUUGCAGUGCGAGCCCUGAAGUCUCUACUCUGCCGAAUGCAUCGUGAGCAAGUGGUGUUGUCAAUGGAACGCAAGUGUGGCUGGGACACGCUGCUCUGCGCUGACACCCACCAUCAUGCUGUGGGUCUCCUGGCCAGGGAGAUAUCCUGUGUCUCCAGACGCUUGUCUUUCCGCAUCGUUCGCUACCUGCUCCGGCUACUCAGCACACAGGAGGCACGCUGGGAUCUGCCUGCCCUGGCAUUCCUUGUGGAGGUCCUGGCGCGCCUGGACUUGACUGAACGUGGUGCUAACAGAAUCCUGGAGAUCUUGUCAAUGCACCUGCAAAGCGAGUGCAAAGAGAGGCGUCACCUGGCACUCAGGGCUCUACUUCAGCUUACUGACAAACCCUCAGUGACUGAAAAAAUGUGGAGCCUGACGGAAAGGCUUGUGGAGCUCCUGCAGGAUGCAGAUGGAGAAAGAGUUCGGAUGACAGUCAUGGUGCUCAGCUUUAUAGUCUUGGAGACGAAGAAGCUGAUACCCGGCCCCAUUGCCCUGCAGCUGGCUGAGGCGCUCCUGCCACUCUUUGACUACGAUAAUAGCCAGGUGCAGCUGGUGUCCAUCUUGCUCUUCCGAACAUUGGUGACUGUUCGCGUGGAAAAGGAAAAAGAGGCCCUGAAGUCACAUGUGCACCAGAGCCUGCUGCCACUCUUCUUCCACUGCCACGAUGAGAACCAGCAGGUGGCUGAGGCCUCUCAGAGAGCACUGCUUAGCAUGGUCAAGGUCCUGAAGAGGAGAGAUCUUGCAAAUCCUGUGAAGGAUAAGCAACUGUGGAAGUUCGCUGAGGUCCUGCUGGCACAGGACGAGAGCCGAGCGGCCGAGCACCUGCACCAGGCCCUGCCAUACCUGCACAACCCACAGGAGCCCCUGCGAGCAGCGGCCAUCAGGUUCAUGGGGAUGGCCGGGCAGCACCUCCGGGGGAACAAACGAGAGCUCCAGAGCAUCUGUCAGGCCCUUGAUGACAAGGCACAGGACAUCAGCCCUGCCAUCAGAAGGCUGGCUCUGGAAACAGCCUUUGUCCUCCGGGCAGCUCCAGGCUCCAUCUUGCAGAAGUGGCAAGAUGGAUUCCGCAGGGCACGCAAGAACCGCCCUUGUCUGUGGGCCCGUGGCUGGCUGUGCUGCUGGAGCUCUGAGGAGAGCUAAAUUGAGAGGCUCUCUGUCUGCCGGGGCCAUCUGAGCCAGGCAGGAAUUUUCUUUAAGAUGGUUUUUUUU